AUGGAUCCUUUUGAUUUGGAAGCCUACUUCCAAAAACGUGAUGCUGAAGACACGUAUAUGGUCAACCGAUUUAUUCAGCGUCGAAAACAAAUAGAGGAAGGUAGUGGAUCUCGUAGUAGAAAAUAUUUAAAUAGAGAUCAUGCAGGGGCAAACCAAAGACUCAUUGCCGACUACUUUGCCAAUGAGCCUACAUAUGACGAUGCAAUGUUUCGUCGUCGGUACCGGAUGCAAAAACAUGUCUUCCUUCGAAUCGUUGGAGACCUUUCAAGUAGUGAUAACUACUUCACCCAGCGAGUUGAUGCCGCCAACAAAGAAGGUAUAUCACCGUUAGCAAAAUGUACCACAGCAAUGCGAAUGUUAGCAUAUGGUGUGGCAGCAGAUGCGGUAGAUGAAUACAUCAAAAUAGGAGGUACUACAGCAUUGGAGUGCUUACGUAGAUUCUGUAAAGGAAUCAUACGACUGUAUGAGCAAGUGUAUCUGAGAGCACCAACCCAAGAUGACCUUCAAAGAAUACUACAUGUUAGUGAAAUGCGGGGGUUCCCAGGGAUGAUCGGGAGUAUUGACUGCAUGCACUGGGAGUGGAAAAAUUGUCCUAAAGCAUGGGAAGGUCAAUUCACCAGGGGGGAUAAGGGAACCACCACAGUUAUUCUUGAAGCAGUUGCCUCUCAUGAUCUAUGGAUCUGGCAUGCCUUUUUUGGAUGUCCGGGAACGUUGAACGAUAUAAACGUUCUAGACCGGUCACCAGUGUUCGAUGAUGUGGAACAGGGAAAGACUCCAAGGGUGAAUUACUUUGUGAAUCAACGUCCCUAUAAUAUGACAUACUAUCUAGCUGAUGGUAUCUACCCUUCUUACCCAACUUUCGUCAAAUCAAUUAGGCUUCCUUAA